AUGCAAAGCAAGGAAGGCCCUAUUUCUUACAGAGUUGGUUAUGAGAUACUUCCCAUCUAUUGUUUCAAAUCUGGCACUCUAGGCCAUUUCAGAAAAUCAUGUCAUAUGGCUCAGAACAAUGAAGAGGAUAAUAAUGAUCAGUAUGGAUCCUGGUUGAGGGCUGAGUCCCCUCUAAAGAAGCUCUCCCUGAAGGAAAAAGAAAAAUCCCAACAAUUGUCCAAGUUAUGGGAAGAGGUUCAAGCUGAAAAAGCCUCGAAGAAUAAGAAGGAAAAAGAGCAACAGGAAUCGGAGAAACAAGCUGAGAAACUAUCUGAGGAUCUUCUGGUUAUUUCAGUAAAUGACUCUGGUAUUACUCCUGCCAUGAGCACUAAUGGAAAGCAUAAGACUAAUGAAAUAGCUGGGGAACAGGAGCCAGUCCCCCCUGAACUACAAAAUGAAGAUACUUCUCAGUUAGUUGGGAAUAAACAGUUGACUUAG